AAAAUGAAUAAAUUAUAAGUUGACUUAUAAAAGUAGGUAUUUAUUUGAGAAAAUUUUAUUAUUAGUUGAUUCCUAUGAAUUAGACAUAAUGUGUCCCUUUCUCUGGAAAUAUUACGAGUGAUGUGACUUUUUCCCCUUGACCAGUAUUUUCCCUAGGGAAUACACAUUUGUAGUUGAAUGUAGAAAAAAACAAAGUGGAAAGUUAUUCUACAAUCAUUCUUUAAAUAAAUAAUGAAAUAAGAGUAUUAAUGUAUAUAAUUUAUUUUGUAAUAUAUGGUGUACUUAUACACAGUACGAAUUUCUAAUCAAAAACUUUGAAUAGUAGUGUUACAUUUUGUUAACCUUAACCUUAGUUGAUGAUAAGUGUAAAUAAUUGUAAGUUUAAUAAUGCACCAUAUUAUAAAAAAUAAAUGGAUAUGAAAAUGAUAUAUAAAUCACUACCACCAUUAGUUGAAGGCAAAAUUCAGGGUUACUUAAAGUUGGUCAUAGAUGAAAUUGUUUGGAUAAAAAAAUAUCUUGGAGAGAUCAGUGUAUUCCUAUCUUGGUGGGGAGAAACGGAUAAAGUUCAAUUUAGGCCAAUAGACAUUACAAAGAAUGUUGUAAGGUCACAACAAGAAACAACCAAGAUUUAUGCUAUUCGUACAAAUAUAAGUCUUUUUGAAGAAUACAUUAAAAAUUGUGAAUCCAUACAAUUAGUUAUUGUUGAUGAGGAAACAAACACAGUUGUAGGAAUAUCUCAAAUAACAGAUUUAUUGGACAUUUUUAAAAAUAAGUCAUAUUUUAGAUAUGUCCCAGUUAUAAAUAAUUCAGGAAAUAAAAUAGGAGAAUUACAUGUUUCUAUGAAGUUAGAAUAUGCAACAAGAGCUUUAAAUACACAAUUAAAGACAUGUAAAUAUGAUAACAAACAAAGUAUUACCAGUACACUUCCAGUUAUUAGUAAUAUAAAACAUCAAAUAGAUGUAACAAAUGAUAAAUAUACCACAUGCAGAAAAUUGAAAUCUGAAGAGAAUGAAAUUUAUAAGUCUGUUUUAAAAUCAAGGAGUACAGAAUUUCAAGAACCAGUGAAUAGAUUUAACAAUGAAGUAACAGAUAAGCUUGUAGCUCAAGUUGUUGCAAGAGCACAAAGACUCAGAGGAGCAUUAUUAAAAGAAACAUGCAAUGAAGAUGUUUUUACUUUUAAUGAUAAUUUAAUAAGUAAUAACUUACAAUCUUAUGAUGCUACUGAAAACCAAGCAAGAUUAUCUGAAUAUUUUUUGGACGAGGAUAUGACUUCUUCUGAUGAAAAUAAAACAUUAUAUAGUUUCAGAUCAAUGUCUUCAACCUCACGUUUAAUAGAUGAUACAUCUAAUAAUUUAAAAACUUGCAAAUGUGAUAAUAAAAUAAGGACAUUAAGUAAUAUGUCUCCUACACAGAUAAAUACUUCUGUGGAUGAAAUAUCAAGGAAAAAACCAUGUACCAGUUCAAAAGAUAUUGCAACAAUUAAGCAAAUAGUCUACAUCAGGAUUUUUGUGAAAUCGUUUACUUUAAGCUCUGCUGGUUAUAGACGGGUUAAAUCUUGUUCAUUGUCACAUGAUGAUAGCAAUUUUUUAUCUGCAACAUAUUUUGUUCAAUAUGAUAUGACUUUUGAUUAUAUCAGAAAAAUAGGUAAAAUGUGGGUUAAUGAUAAUAGACCUAUAAAAAUAUCUUCCAAGAAAAAGACAAAGCAAGUAAUUCACUUCAAUCAUGAUAGUAUAUACGGAAUAUUAAUAUUGAAACCAUCCACAGAAUACAUUAUAAAAUUUAAAUUAUUCGUUCGUCAUCUUAGUAAGAAAUCAUUAAUUGAGUUGGGAACUGCCACUGUGUACAUCAAUGAUAUUAUGAAAAAUGAAAAUUGGAUUAUUGCACAACCUUUAGUUAUUGUUAACAAAGGAAUAAAAAUAGGCGAACUAAAUUUAAUCAUAGAAUUAGAUGUUGAUUCUAGUCAUUUUGCACAACAUAUUGGUUUUCUACAAACACGGGAAGUAUUAUCCAAAGAUAAUAAUAAAGGGGGUAAAAAGGUUUCAGAAAAUCAAACUAAAACAGGUAGUCAAAAAUCAUCAACUUCGACGAAAAAAAUAGACCGUUCAACUAACAUUGAUGAUUCAUUUACUACAAAAAAUGUGCUACAUCACAAGGCAGAAAAUAUAGAUGAUAAUAGGAUUGAUGUAAAAGAUCAAGAUAAUAGUAUUGGAAAUAAGGUUUUGCUUCAAGGUCUAAUAUAUGUUGCUGAAGGAAAAGAUCUGCCGGAAUUAAAUACAUAUUUAAUAUGCAGAGCAUUUUGGAGAGAAGAUCAAAUUAAAAGUCAAGUCUGUUAUAAUACAACAACUCCAUUUUAUCAUUUUUGUCAAUUAGUGCCUCUGAUUUAUGGUACUGAUUUAUUGGAACGUAUUAAGGACAAUUACGUAAUUAUCGAAGUUUACUAUAGAAAUAACAACAUAGAUACUUUAUUAGGAUUGGCAAAAUUGCCUGUUCAUCAGUUUUAUAUUGCUUAUAGAGAUUCACGUGUGCUAUCACAUUUAUUGUUGUCUAAGUAUCCUGUAAUAGGUGUAGAUGGGUGGGUACCAAUCAUGGAUCCUGUUACUGGUCAGUCUUAUGGGCAGUUACUUGCAUUAGUAGCUCUAGGUACCGCUGAACAAAUUACAUUAUUAGAAACGUCUAAAGGUUUACGAAAUAUCACCACUAAUCAGCAAACAGUAGUUUCAAGAAACCCUUUUGACUGCACACAAUAUUCGCAGCAUCAGUCUUUAUACGACCCAAAGCAACCGCAAUCCAGUGGAGAAACAAUUUUGCAGAGCAAUUUUCUUGAAAAUAAUGCAGAUAAUACUAUAAAGAAAUUAUACUCUCCAAAUUUAAAAACUCAAGAAUGUCAAACAAACAUUUCUACUGUUAAAGAAUUUAAGUUCAAUAAAAAGUUACAAGAAGAGAUUUCAAAUCCAGAGUAUUCAUUAUUACAUAAUGCAACUGAUCAGUCGUCGCAAGUUGUUAACGGUAGUAAAGCAAUCAUAGAUCAAGCAGCUCAAACUGAAACAGAUUUGGAAGAAAAACAACGAAUAGAUGUGGAAGAACAAACAUGUAUAAAUGAAUUGUAUUUUAAUAAUGAUUCUGACGAUGGUGAUAAUAAUAGUAUCAGACAUAAUUUUCAUUUGCCUACAAAUACAUAUAGAAGCGUCGGUGUUGGUGCCGAAUAUAACGAAGAAAGUGACCAACAACUAAACACUGCUCAGAGUAAUACAACAUUUAAUUUACCAAGUGAAAUUCAUAUAGAAAAUGAAUCAACGGAUUCUUUAUGUAACCAAACAACAUUUAGGGCUAUUGUAGAGAUUGAAUGCGCUUUACAUUUACCAAAAGUAGAAAAAGCUAAUGAAACCAUUGAACCAAGUACAUAUGUAUCAUUUCAGGCUAAUACAUCUGAUCCUUUAAAGCAUUCAAAUUCAUACAUGAUUACUAAUGUUUUCGCACAUAGUUGUAAUCCUAAAUGGAACUGGAAAUGUGAUACAAAACUAUCAACGGAGUUGCUUUUACAUGAUGAAAAGAGGUUGAUCUUAAAAGUUUGGCGAAUAUUUGACCCAGAUAUAAGUAUGCAAAUAAAUUUAGAAAAGGAUAUGGUUAUAGGAUUUUCUGCCAUUGAUCUCUCGAUUUUAAUUAAUGGUUUUCCUACGGUAUCUGGUUGGUUUCAUAUAAUGGAUUUCACUGGAAAAUGCAACGGCCAAAUCAAAGUGUCUAUAACACCGUUGGAUAAUUUAGUAUUACUUGGGAAACCAAUAUCAUUAAGUACAACACGACUGCCAAUAUGUACUAUACCUCAAUCAAGUGAAUUAUCACCAUGUAAUUAUGAAAUGCAUUAUGCUAAUAUCGAGGAAAACGAAACCAAUUAUAGUACAUCAGUAUCUGCACAGGAAGAAGAUAAAUCAGUCCAUAGUGAAAGUCAGUUAAAUAAUCGUGUAACACAAAUGGGUCUUGAAGAUAUGUCUAUGUCAUUUUUGUCCUUGUCUUUGAAACAAAAACUAACAGAAUUGGAUGAAAUUACGAGACGUUUAGAAUCACGAUUGCGUGAUGUUACAAAUACAGCUUUCGAAGAUGAUUUUGAAAACGAGUUUGAUAUAAACGAACCAACUAGUGAUAAUGAAAAUAACGACUUUAAAACUGCAAAUCGUAUUGCGCCCAUUCCAUCAGUUAAUAAUAAUGAUAUGACACGUCAAAUACCUCGUUCAGAAAAAAAUUUAUUGCAUAAUACAAAUACUAUAGAUAUUGAAAAUCAGAAUAUGUCAAGUGAAAUCGAAAUUCAGAAUCAUUUACCUGAGACGUAUACUACCUAUGAUAGAACAGUUAAUUACGAGGUAAUGAAACCUAAUUUUUCCAAAGCAUCAUGUUUCUGUCGGAAACAAAAUUUACCAAAUAAUAAUCAUUGUGUACAACAUCAAAACGAUCAUUUAGUACAAAGUUUGAAAACAUCAGAUAAUAUUUUGUCCGAUUGUCCAGAACGGGGAACAAAAACUGAUAUAAAUUAUUUGCUUGACAAAUUAUCAUUACAACUUCCCAUGCAAUCGUAUGCAAGUAAUGUUAUACCAACGAAAAAAAAUACUACUAAUUCAACAACAAACACACAACAAAAUAAUAAAAAUAUAAAUUUUCAAGAUAAUAAUAGAUGUGAUCAAAAAGUACAUACAGAAUCUACUCAAACAAAUAACGUAAGUGAACAAGAUAUUAAACAUUCUGAAGGUCAAAUGGAAAACGGUAUCUCUGUUAAGGAAGAUGUUGAAUAUAGUAGUAAAGAACCACCCGAAGUACUUACGCAACCGCAAACUACUAAUAAAAUGUCGACAGUAAUACGCGAAGAACUAAUUACGGAAGAAAGUAGUAAUAUAUCAAGAUGCGACGAAUUAACAACUUAUCUUGUAACUUCAAAUAUUCGUCAUAUGGAUUUAAAUAACAUUUUAAAUCCACUUUUAUAUCAACAUUUAGUACCAGAUUUACAUUAUCUAAAUCCAUCAUCGGAAGAAGAAAUUGUUGAGCAGUUAGAUAACCGUUAUAGUAAAGCUUUUAAUGCUUCACUAAGCAGUAGAUUAAACAAAGUGCAAAGUUUAAUGCAGAUUAAUGUAUCCCCAGAAAAUACUGAUCUCUUUAGAAUAACAUCAUCUGGAUUGUCAGAAAACAUGAAUGAUAGCAUUGAUUUAACUGUUCUUCAUAAGUCUAGUUAUAAUGAUCUACUUGCAAAUACUAGUACAGACUCAACUACAACUAUUACAACUGAAAAAUCAUUAAUAAAAUUAAUUGAUGUAGAAGCGACUGAAAACAAUUAUUCUACUUCUUCCGAAACAUCCGUACUUUCGAGACAAGCUCCUGAUGGCGGAAACCCUGUCGAAGAUGUUAUGAAACCAUUAACAGUACAACAAACAAAUGAGAUUCAAGAUUCUUCUUCGAGUAGCAUAUAAUUAAUGUGCAAUGAGAUUGUUAUAUCAAUUAUAAUUAUGAAUUUGAUUCAAACAUAUUUGUUGAUUACUCUGCUUUUAUAUUUCAGCCUAGGAAAUAGCUAUUAGAAUGUGUAUGACUAAACU